GAUGAGCACAGGCAGGGGGAGUAAAGUCCAGGACCGAGGGCAGAUUAUUAACCUGUCUAAUCUGGUCCCCUUCUGUCUCUCGCUCUCCCAUAAAUCCAGUGCUCUGCGUCCAGCCGGGUCUCGGGUCUCACGUGGACUCUGGGAGACAGCAGCACAGAGGCCAGCACAUCCUUCAAGGGACAAUGAAUCAGUCAGAAACUGCAGAGCUGAAGCUCCCACCUUCAGAUGGAGUUGUGCCAGCAGAUGCUACAGAGGUGCAGGAGAUGCCUGCUGCCAUUGCCAAGACGUCUGAUGGGAGUCAGAAUCAGCCUGCAGGAUUUGAUAUGAUCUACAGAAUCGAGGACGUCCCGCCUUGGUAUCUGUGUGUGUUGCUGGGACUGCAGCACUACCUUACAUGCUUCAGUGGAACUAUUGCUGUACCAUUCCUAUUGGCUGAGGCCAUGUGUGUGGGGAAGGACCAGUACACGGUCAGCCAGUUAGUGGGCACCAUCUUCACCUGUGUGGGGAUCACUACGCUCAUACAGACUACAUUUGGUGUCAGGUUGCCUUUGUUCCAGGCAAGUGCUUUUGCCUUUCUCAUCCCUGCUCAAGCAAUUCUGAGGCUGGACAAAUGGAAAUGUCCUCCUGAAGAGGAGAUUUACGGCGAUUGGUCUCUUCCUCUCAACACUUCUCAUGUAUGGCAGCCACGAAUACGAGAGAUUCAGGGCGCUAUCAUUAUCUCCAGCCUGAUUGAGGUGGUUAUAGGGUUCGCUGGAAUCCCUGGGAUCCUGCUUAAUUCAAUCGGACCCCUGACUGUCACUCCCACAGUGUCUCUGAUCGGCUUGUCUGUCUUCCAGACGGCAGGAGACCGUGCAGGCAGUCAAUGGGGCCUGUCUCUGCUGUGUAUCUUCCUCAUUGUGCUGUUCGCUCAGUACCUAAGGAACUGGGCCUGUCCUUUCCCAAGCUACUCCAAAGAAAAAGGCUGUCACAUCACACAUGUGCAGAUAUUCAAGAUGUUUCCAAUCAUCAUGGCAAUCAUGGUGGUGUGGCUGGUUUGCUACAUUCUCACCCUGACCGAUGUGCUUCCGAACGACCCGAAUAAGUAUGGCUACAAGGCUCGCACUGACGCCCGGGGCGAUAUUAUGACCCAGGCACCAUGGUUUCGUUUCCCCUAUCCAUGUCAGUGGGGUUUACCCACAGUGACGGUAGCAGGAGUGCUGGGAAUGUUUAGUGCCACGCUAGCUGGUAUAGUUGAGUCUAUUGGAGACUAUUAUGCCUGCGCUCGUCUCUCUGGAGCUCCGCCUCCUCCUAUUCAUGCUAUCAAUAGGGGGAUCUUUACAGAAGGAGUGUGCUGUAUCAUAGCGGGGCUGCUGGGCACUGGAAAUGGAUCGACCUCUUCCAGUCCUAACAUUGGAGUGCUUGGGAUCACCAAGGUGGGAAGUAGGAGGGUGAUACAGUAUGGAGCAGGUAUAAUGCUGUUAUUGGGAACGAUUGGGAAGUUCACUGCCCUGUUUGCCUCUUUACCUGACCCUGUACUCGGAGGGAUGUUCUGCACCUUGUUUGGUAUGAUUACAGCUGUUGGCCUGUCAAACCUACAGAGUGUGGAUCUGAACUCCUCCAGAAAUCUUUUCGUUCUGGGCUUCUCCAUGUUUUUUGGCCUCAUGUUGCCUAAUUACCUGGACACUCAUCCAGGCAGCAUUAAAACAGGUGUAGCGGAGCUGGACCAAAUCAUCACAGUGCUCCUGACAACAGAGAUGUUUGUAGGUGGAUUCAUAGCAUUUGUACUUGAUAACACAAUCCCAGGCACUAGAAAAGAGCGAGGUCUCAUUGAAUGGACGGCUGAGAAUUAUUCAGGAACAGUGAAAACAGAUACAUAUGACUUUCCAGUUGGGAUGGGGCUGGUCCGGAAGCUGGGCUGUCUGCGCUACCUGCCAAUCUGUCCCACUUUCCGAGGCUUUAAGCCCUCAUGUCACAAAUAUGAGGAGGAGGAGGACAUACAGAUAAAGGAAGGUGUGAUUGAUGCUCCAGUUGAAAUGGUCUGCACCAAAAUUUAGCCAUAUUUUUUAUUUAACUUGGAUUAGUAUAAUGUACGGUGCUGAACCUUUUGAAAGCUGAGAAUAUAUUUAAAGGAAAACUUGAAUGAACAGUUUGACAACAAAGGCUCUCUGUUCUUUUAACAUAAGACCAAAUGUAAGAUUUGAUUUGGUUAUAAAGCAUUACGUGUUUUAUUGAAAUUACUUCAAAAGAAAAUGAAGGUCAGUUUUUUUUUUUUUGACAUUUAUUACCUCUUGAUUGUGUACAAAAUAUGCAAGUGAUUAACACUAAACAAAGUGUGU